AUGCUGACUAUUCAAACACCUAUGUAUCAAUCGCUAAAGACAUAAAUUAUUAGCGGAUUAGAUUAUAAACCAUUAAAUUAAGGAUUGACAGGUGUUGAAAGAGCUGUUGCCAGAAGAUUUUUAAUACUUAUGAUAGAGAUAGAAAUGGAUUAAUUGAAAAUGUUGUAGUCAUUGUAGAUAUAUAUAAAUCAUUCAAUCGAAUUUUUGAUUCAAUUCAAAAUUAUUGCCAUAUUUUUAUAGAAUUUUAAAUAAAAAUUAAGAAGGCAAAAUCAUGUAUCAGAAACUUAAAGAUUUAUACAUUAGAUAUCUAACUAACAAACAUUAGUUAAUUUAAGAUCGACUGAAGCUAAUUAAAGUUCUAUCCGAUAGACUUCAUAAACAGUAACUUCACAAUACAGAAGAACCUAGUUUUGA